AACACUAUAAACCGAAUAAAACAUGAAUAUCGAUCGACUCAGUUUGGUUCGAUUCUUUGAUUUUCGAUGCAAAAGUGCUCACCUCUAACCAUAAGAGCCCGCAAACUUAUCUCAUGACACGGGCGGCAAAGCAUGUAUCACCCUCUAGUAGUAACUAAGCAUGGUUCCCUAAAAAGUAACCGGGCAUGCAAAAUUCUGGAAUUGGAAUGGCAUAAUUGCCUAAUUAUUCUUUUCUAAUUAUUAUUUUUCAUUUAGCGACAACAUUAUUUACUUCCUUAUUCAUACCAAGUGCAAACUAAAGUCCAUAUAUUGACAUUGUAUAUAGUACUAGUUUUUUCUCACUACUUAUAUUGUUUCUUCGACGAUCUUUCUUCUACUCCUACCAAACACACACCAAAGCCGCCACAGCCUUCCGCAUCCAAGUUCCAAACACCACUUCGGCACUUCCUGCUCCCCGCCGACUUCGCCGGCGACCUAACAAUGGUCGACGUUUACCACCGGCCGACGCUCCCGCACGGCCUCCCGCCCCAUCCUUACCACGCCGCCGGCCUUCGCCGCCUCUCCACCCGCGCCUCGGCACCCAGUACCCCGGCUCCUCCAUCUCCCUCCGCAGCGGCGCCCUCCGCCGCGGCGGUUCUCGCUCACCUCGCUGCGGCCGGGGUUCCCGUCCUCCCGGGCCUCUCCGCAACCGAGCUUGCCCUCGUGGAGGCCGCUCUCGGCGGCGUCCAGCUCCCGCCCGACCUCCGCGAGCUCCUGGCGCUGGGCGUGCCCUCGGGGGACGACUUCCCGUGCUACCGGUCCUCCGCGGGGCUCCGCCUCCUCCGCUUCGCCGCGCAAGAGGUCCCCUCCGCCGUCGCCGCGACGCUGCCCCUCGCCCCCGGCCGGCGCGCGGGGCGGCCUCCGCCUCCCCUCGUCCCGCUCUGCGGCCGGCAUUACGUGCCAGCGACGCCCUGCCUCGUGGGAAACCCGGUGUUCCACGUGUCCGACUCCGGCGUGACGUUCGCGGGCGCCAACGUGGCCGACUUCCUCCUGCGCGCCUUCGCCGCCGAGGCCGAGCCGCCGCCGCUCCGGCGCCAGCUGUCCGCGCCGGUGACGCCGUCCCCCGCGACGCCCUCGAACACGGCGCGCCGGAGCCUGGACUCAGUCACCGGCAGGGCUCCGCGCUGGAUCGAGUUCUGGAGCGACGCCGCCGCGGCCGGGGACCGUUUCCUGGAGGUCGUCCCCACGGGCGCCACGACCACGAACACCACCGCGGGGCCGGGACCAGAGUGGCUGCGGCGCAGCCUGGAGCAGGCAAGCUCCGCGCUGACACGCGGCGGGUGGGAAGCCGGCGACGUCGAGGAGAUGACGGGUCCCAACGGCGAGGCGAACGUGGAUGUGGCAUUGACGCUGACGGUGGACCGGUGCUGCGGGGAGCUGAGGAGGGGACGGUGGGGCGCGGAGGAGGUGGUGGAGAUGCUGGGGCCGCUGCUGGGACCGAGCAGGAAGGCGCGGCGGGCGGCGGUGGCGCUGCCGCCGGACGUGGCUGCGCGGGUGGGGCGGCUCGCCGAGGCGGUGUCGCGGGCGGUCGGGCCCCGUGGGGGUGGCCGAUCGAGACCCCCGAGGCCAUUUUGAAAAUCUAUCAUUGUUUUCAGGUUCCUAGCCUGGCCAAAAAACUGUGGCGUCUGUGCCCGUGUUCCCUCGCUCGCUCCCAGUGUUUGAGUACGUGCGUGCGUGCACGUGUACUCCACUUGUUCAGAUCAGUGCAUGCAUGCAUGGUUUGUUUACGAGAUCCGGUGCAGAGACGCACGCAGCAGGCCAUUUGUCGGGCGAUGAACGACGUGGUCGAGCCGGGAGUGCCCGGUCGGGUCGGAGGUCGGGGGCGUGGAGCAGCGCAGCGUGGCCGGCGGAUUGGGGACGGGCAUGGAGCGGCACUCGGAGCUAGGGGGGACGCACGGGUAACGGAGAGGAGGGUAUGGGUCUCCGUUGUUGGAGCGGCACUCGGAGCUAGGGCCGGUCUGUGAGCGCUAUAGCGUUGGAUACAGGCACAUGUAACCGUCAGAUUCAGAGGAAAAAAAAUCCCCUCUUCGCUCGCGCGCACGACUCCAUGACCUUCCACCGCCUCCCGCUGGCAGCUCGCCGGAGCCGCUCAUCGGCGCCGCUUGCCGGUUGCAACACCGGUGCUCACUGGUUCGCCCGACGCGGUAAAUUGUAGUGCCGGUUCCAGCAAAAGAUCAGCCUUCGGUUUGCAGCUCUUUCGCUGAAAGUCGUCGCUCUAGCCGUUUGCAGACAAGGUGGUAGCAACAAAUUCGUUGCUUCCGGGAAAAAAUGGAUCCAGCAAAAAAAAUCAAAAGACGGGGUGGUGAAAAAAAAAAUCAAAUGUAAUGGUAGCAAAAAACAAAGGCAGUGGUUGCAAAUUCUGAAUGAUUCCGAGCAAAAAAGGUGGAUCCAGAAAAAAAAAUCAAAGGCUGGGAUGGUAGCAAGAAUCAAAAACGGUGGUAGCACAAAUCGAAGACAGUGGUAACAAAAAAGUUGGAGUGGUCUCAUAUGCAUCCAGCGAAAAAAUCGAAGACGGGGUGCAAAAAUCAAAACAAACGGUGAUAGCAAAAAAACAAAAA